AUGACAAACUUUUAUUUCUACGUGAUCAGGUGUUUGCUCGUUGCAUCCGCGCUCAAGUGGCGCACCGCCACGUCACUGCCGGUGCACACGCAACUGAGCGCAGAAGAGUGCGCAAACUGCUCCGCGCUCUUUAUGAACCUCUUGACAAAUAUCAGGGGGAUCCUUAACAAUGACGUUUUGUUUUACGGCAUCAUGUCUGACAAAGCAACUGUGAGCAGCUUGGCCGAGACGCCGCAAGCCUGCGCACCUAACAUUCAACAGAAUUCCAACUGCAUGGCUCAAAGAAGUACACCCUUCAGUGAGAGUGAAUGUCUCAUGAGCAUCAUGAAGGACAUUGUCCACUAUGAGGCUCUCAUUAAGUCCUACCUCAAGUUGACUCUGAAAAGCCCCGAUGAAGAAAAGGCUCUUCUGAGCCCGACCCUGAAAAUUAUUCAGAACCUGAAGGUGCGAGUUUGUUUUGGCGGGUCGUCUAAAAAACGGUAUGUGUGUUUUCAGGAGGACAUGUCUCGUAUGUGGGGAGACAACAGCUUCAUUAACCGACUUGAGAUGUUCAAGUUGAUGAGAGGCUUCUACAUCAGAGUCAUCACCAUCAACCGUGCAAUGGGCUACAUCUCCUCGGGAGACCACCGGAAGUAAACAUGCCAGUUCUGGGGG